AGGCUCCCGGCUUCAUUCUGAGCCGAGCCUGGUGCCCAGCGCUGGAAGCUCCGCAGGCGGCGGCGGCCUGAGCUCCUGGGCAGCCCGCUCCCUCCCGGUCUCUCCUUCCCCGCGCGGUCAGCAUGAAAGCCUUCAGUCCGGUGAGGUCCGUUAGGAAAAACAGCCUUUCGGACCACAGCCUGGGCAUCUCCCGGAGCAAAACCCCGGUGGACGACCCGAUGAGCCUGCUGUACAACAUGAACGACUGCUACUCCAAGCUCAAGGAGCUGGUGCCCAGCAUCCCGCAGAACAAGAAGGUGAGCAAGAUGGAAAUCCUGCAGCACGUCAUCGACUACAUCUUGGACCUGCAGAUCGCCCUGGACUCGCACCCCACUAUUGUCAGCCUGCACCACCAGCGACCUGGACAGAGCCAGGCGUCCAGGACGCCGCUGACCACCCUCAACACGGACAUCAGCAUCCUGUCCUUGCAGGCGUCUGAAUUCCCGUCUGAGUUAAUGUCAAAUGACAGCAAAGCCCUCUGUGGCUGAAUAAACGGUGAGUGUUAGCUUGUGCCUCCCGUCCGGACACCGCCUCUUGGAGAGAGAGAGAGAGAGAGAGAGAGAGAGAGAGAGAGAGAGAGAGUUUUCAUUUGUGUAUCUGCAAAAUUGGGGAUUUUGUAAAUGAAUGUGUACUUCAGUCGUCUUGCACGUAGCACACUGCCUGUGCCUACGAGCUAUGAAGGGGCUCCUAGCUCUGAUUACUCCAGAUCACAGAACAUUUUCCUUUUAAACGCAAAACACAAAACAAAAUACCAGUAACUUAAGUGUGAAGGCGGCUGGGGAAAAUGCGUGUUGGCCUCUGCCACACACGGAACGCCUGGCUCUCCCGUACUGGUGCUCUGGUACUAUGAGGUACUACCCUGCACGUAAUUAAUCUUAUCACCACAAAUUCCGUAGAGAUCCUCCUUCCCUAAAACUUCGGCCCUCCUGAGACUCGGCCAGCCCAGCACUGCCUGCCUGCGCCUCAGACCCUGUGAUGUGGGAUUCCGACUUCCCUAUCUGCUAACUAAAGGGCUGUUUUCAAUCAAAUAAUCGUUACAAGAAGCAGACUGGCGCCCGCGAGCACCGCUGUUGGAGAUCCAACUAGGAGAUUGCGUUGGGAAGUUUCUCCCCGGAGUCUCUGCUAUUUUACUGUUUAAUUUUCGCCGUGGAGGCCGAGUGUGUGUGUUGCAUCUGGACGCCAGGGUUUGCCCAAUCUUUGAGUGUUUGGUGGUUAAAUGUUCAAACUGCGGCUUCCUCGUGGCGCCAGUCUGCCCGCCUCUGCCCUUAGGUUCCGUUCUCCUAAAACACGCCUCUCCCCCAAUCUUUUGCAGGUGGUCAUGACUUUUCUUUUCUUUGCACAACAACAACAAGUCCACAGGAUCUUUUAACGCGCUGAACUUAUUUUUCAACCAUUUCACGAGGAGAACAACAAGUUGAAUGGACCUUUUUAAAAAAUGGAAGGAAAACUAAGAAUGAUCAUCUUCCCCAGGGUGUUCUCUGACCUGGACUGUGAUAUUAGUUAUUUAUGAAAAAGACUUUUAAAUGCCCUUUCUGCAGUUGGAAGGUUUUCUUUAUAUACUAUUCCCACCAUGGGGAGCGAAAACGUUUAAAAUCACAAGGAAUUUCCCAAUUUAAGCAGACUUUGCCUUUUUUCAAAGGUGGAGCGUGAAUACCAGAAGGAUCCAGUAUUCAGUUACUUAAAUGAAGUCUUUUGGUCAGAAAUUACCUUUUUGACGCAAGCCUACUGAAUGCUGUGUAUAUAUUUAUAUAUAAAUAUAUAUAUAUAUUGAGUGAAACCUUGUGAACUCUUUAAUUAGAGUUUUCUUGUAUAGUGGCAGAGAUGUAUAUUUCUGCAUACAAAGUGUAAUGAUGUACUUAUUCAUGCUAAACUUUUUAUAAAAGUUUAGUUGUAAACUUAACCCUUUUAUACAAAAUAAAUCGUGUGUUUAU